AUGGCUGGAUGGUUAUCCGAAACCACUCUCAACGACCUGCCGGACGUGAUCCUUUCCAACAUAAUCGCGGCCAUUUCCGACGUCCGCACCCGGAACGCGGCGGCCUUAGUCUGCCAGAAAUGGCGCUGCCUGGAGCGUUUCACUCGGACUUCCAUCACUCUCCGCGGUAAUAUUCGCGACCUUUUUCUUCUUCCUAGUUGUUUCGAAUCAAUUACCCAUCUCGAUCUGUCCCUCCUCUCUCCUUGGGGUCACCCCAUUUUCUCAUCCUUCGAUUCCGCAACCCUUAUCGCCCAGCUGCUUUACCAAGCUUUUCCCUCUGUUACUUCCCUCAUUAUCUACGCCAGGGACCCAUCUGGUAUUCAUCUUUUAGCCCCUAAAUGGCCGCAUUUGAAAGAGAUUAAGCUUGUCCGGUGGCACCAGCGGCCGCAGUUAGGAUCUGGGGAGGAAUUGCUGGCUCUGUUUGAGAACCAUAAGUCGUUAAUAAAGCUUGAUUUGUCCAAUUUUUAUUGCUGGACGGAUGAUGUUCCGGCGGCUCUGACGGAACCCACGAUCUUGACGUGUCUUAAUCUGAUGAACCCUUCAUUUUCUGAAGGUUUCAAGUCUGAUGAAAUCAUGGCUAUUACCAAGUCCUGCCCCAACCUGGGGGAAUUUCGGGUGGCUUGUAUGUUUGAUCCUAGGUACAUCGGGUUUGUUGGGGAUGAAUGUUUAGCUUCUAUCCCUGUUAAUUGUCCUAGGUUGUCUGUGCUUCAUUUAGCUGAUACUACGGCUUUAGCGAAUUCUAGGGCAGACCCAGAGUUUGAUGGUUUCACCGCCGAGGAUUCAAAGAUUAGUGUUGGGGGUUUGAUUGAGUUCUUUUCUGGUCUUUCGUUGAUUGAAGAGCUUGUGUUGGAUGUUAGCAAUAACGUUAGAGAUAGUGGUCCUGCUUUAGAGAUACUCAAAGUGAAAUGCACCAAGUUGAGGUCACUCAAAUUGGGGCAGUUUCAUGGGAUUUCUGUGCCCGUAGAAUCGAAAUUGGAUGGAGUUGCACUUUGUGAAAAGCUUGAAUCGUUGUCCAUCAGGAAUGUCGGAGACUUGGAUGAUAUGGGUUUGAUUGCUAUCGGAAGGGGGUGUUGGAAGUUGAAAAGGUUUGAAGUACAAGGUUGUAAGAGGAUUACUAUGAAAGGAAUGCGAACUUUGGCUAGUUUGCUUAAGCGAACUCUGGUGGAUGUCAAGAUAUCUUGUUGUAAGAAUCUGAAUGCAUCUAUGUCACUGAAGGCAUUGGAGCCAGUGAAGGAUAAAAUCCAGAAGCUUCACAUUGAUUGCGUUUGGAGAACCGUAGAUGAAAUGGAGGAUCUUGAUGGGGUUAACCUUGAUUUUGACCUUAACAAAUUGGAUCAGGGUGAUGAAUCAUCAAGUCCAUCAGAUGCAUCAAUGAACAACUUUGAAGACACUGAUGACAAUGGGAUGUGCAACAAGCGGAAGAGAUGCAGAUAUUCUGAUGAUUCGAAUUGUUUUGAUAUUGAUUUGAAUAGCAGUUCCAAUGGUUUUCAUAAUAACUCAUGGAAGAAGCUUCAAUGUCUUUCACUCUGGAUUAGUGUGGGAGAGCUCCUGAAUCCAUUGGUAGACGCCGGGCUCGAGGAUUGCCCUAAUUUAGAGGAGAUCCAUAUCAAGGUUGAAGGAGAUUGCCGGGAAUGGUCAAAGCACGCACAGUCUCCAUUUGGUUUGAGCACUCUGAUGCAGUUUCCUCGCUUAGCAAAAAUGCAUUUGGAUUGUGGUGAUACCAUAGGUUAUGCGCACACAGCGCCUUCUGGGCAGAUGGACUUGAGCCAGUGGGAACGAUUCUACUUGUUGGGAAUUGGAGGAUUGAAUCUUAGUGAGCUUGAUUACUGGCCACCUCAAGACAGGGAUGUCAACCAGAGGAGUUUGUCUCUGCCUGCAGCUGGAUUGCUCCAGCAAUGCCCUUCUCUCAGGAAGCUAUUUAUUCACGGAACAGCGCAUGAGCAUUUCCUGAACUUUUUCCUCAAAAUCCCAUAUCUGAGGGAUUUCCAGCUGAGGGAAGAUUAUUAUCCAGCACCGGAAAAUGAUAUGAGCACCGAAAUGAGGGCAGAUUCCUUGAGCCGUUUUGAAGCUGCUCUGAACAGACGCCAGAUUAUUGAUUGA